AUGUCUGCUCCCCAGGCUGAGCCGACCCGGAUUCAUCCGCGUCGCCGGCCCUUAAAGACAGCACCUCCCUCCCUCAUCACGUCCGCAUCUCCUGAAAGCCAUGAUGGUCCUUCGAGUCCGUAUUUGAGAAGGGCAGAGACAUUCCACUCGCCUUCCCCAGCUUCAGGAGAUCAGGAUCCGGUCCUUAACUUCCGGACCCUUCCCCGUCGCUCUCCUACAUGCCCCAGAAGCCUCGAGGCUAUCGCCGCCGGAGAGCAGCGCAUGGCCAACAUCUUGAACCACCUUGACCUUGACUCUCUUGAUGCCACCGGUCCACUCAACUCUUCUAGCGACAACGACCUUCCUGUCCCUCGAGGUGUUCUCCAAGCUCACUUCGACUCGGAACCAUUGGCGGAUAAGCCCACCAAGCGUCCACACUCGCCCCAGAUGGAGCCUCCCCGCAAGGUCCGCAAAAGCCAUUCCCAUGCCUCGGAUAGUGGGUUGGGCACCUCCCUCGGAAGUGAAGCCCUGUCAGCAUCCAACAAGAGUAAAGUGAAAGCUGGACAGCUGUCCUUUGAGCCCCAAGUGUCUGGCAUGUCUGGCUCUCAGAUGACCCAGUCAGCCAUUACCAGUUCGAUCUCUGCGAUCAACCCUAAGCAAAUCGCGAAGUACCAAUUGGGCGCGCGUGCUUGCAAGCAGAUAGAAAAGAACCUCCUUGUUCCGAUUCUCGGUGAGGAGAAACUCAAAGCAUUCCACCCACUUGUUCGCAGUGUUCCUCAGCGGAUCGUCAGUAAAGAAAUCAACUGCCUCCGUGAUCUUGAAAAGACACUCCUGUGGCUCGCUCCGCAUUAUGCGACCACCAGGGCGUCGUAUAUCGGCUUUUGCGAGUUUACGAUUCAGUGUCUUUAUUCGACUGUUCAGCAUCUCAACUCUCGCGAUCAACGGCUGCCAACAGACCGGCCUUACACUAACGGCUACUUCCUUGACCUCGUCGCACAGAUUCACCAGUACGCAGCAAUGAUCAAUGCAUCGCGAAACCAGAUGUCUUCCAACGAGAAGCCAGCACGGGCUAGUGCCUCGAGUAGUGACCCUGUGACAUUGGAAGGCGGGUUGUCCAAGAAUGGACGACCUGCUGAACUCGUAGUUCACAAAGACGGCGAAAUGAUUUCACUACGCACCGGAAAGCCCUAUGAGGAGGGCGCCACACCCUCGAUCAAGCGUUCUCUGAGCAUUGGAUCCGUCGAUGAGGGUGUCGAACGGUCCAUGGCUCGUCGCAAGAAGAAUGCUCCUCCAAUGGACAUUAAUCAAAAGUGCAAGGACUGUGACAAAGUCUUCAAGCGACCCUGCGAUCUGACGAAACACGAGAAGACCCAUUCGCGGCCGUGGAAGUGCAACGACGACUCCUGCAAGUAUUUCGAGGUUGGAUGGCCCACAGAAAAGGAGCGAGAUCGUCACAUCAAUGACAAGCACUCUAAAGCACCCGCUCUGUACAAAUGUACCUUCGCGCCCUGUAGCUAUCAGUCGAAGAGAGAGAGCAACUGCAAGCAGCACAUGGAGAAGGCGCAUGGCUGGGUCUAUGUGCGUUCUAAGCAUAAUGGCAGAAAUAGCAAGAAAGCAUCUACGAGAGCCGCCUCGCAGACGCCUAGCAUUGCGACUCCAAGCUCAAAGGCUCAGGAGAUCCUCACCCCUGCCACCCGUCCUACUCCUUCGCCAUUCGAGUCUGUCGCUUCUUACCCACAAAAUCCACCCUUCUCGUUUGCCGAUCCUCCCACGCAGACCGCCAGUGAAGAUUUCCCGCUCUUCACCGAGACCGGCCCUUAUGCGGAUCUUGCUGGUGGAGUGAAUGCUUUUAGUCCGCUACCGACCACUUCAUUGGAUUUCCAGGCGUUCCAGUCCCAGCUGGAAGCAGCAGAUCCCAAUGGUCUGAUUCUUCCGUCGGACUUCCAGCGCCAAUCUCUAGACUCUGCAUCACCGGUUCCAGAUCUGGUUGCCACAUCCAUGGGUUUCGAUGGCUCUCCCAUUGCAUCCACCGACACCAGCAGCUUGAACUUCGACUUGGAUUGGAACCAGCUCGAGGUGCAGAAUCUGGACGAGGAGUUCACGACUCUGAAUAUGCAGCUGCUCACACCACCUAGCUCAUCCGAGGUCAAUGCGUUGAACUCCUUCUCCCGAGACCCGUCUAUUUCCAAUGCCUCGCCACUGCAGCACUCCGGUCUCCCGUUCUAUUCUCCCAGUCACUGCCAUAUGGACGAAGGGGUGGCGGGUCUGCAGGAGCACACCGAACAGAAGAAGCUGGAUUUCCCUCUGUAUGGACACCAGGCCAAUCUCGGACUCGGUGCGAUGGACAUGUCCCAUCCGUGCCACCUGCCCGGCAUGCAGAACCUUGACCAGAUGUUUCCUCCGCUCGAUGUCCAGGACAGUAUCGCUUACAUGAAUCAAGGGUGGCCACAGGAUGUUGAUAUGGAUCUUUUCUAA